AUGCAAGUCUCUUCAGCGGUCCUGGGCCUUAUUGCCUUGUCGGUCACGUCUGCUGCAGCCGCAACAACCGAGGCAAGCUCCACAGCUGCUUCGAGCACUAGUCGACGACUGCUCGUGACGCUUCAAUAUCUGAGGCCAACUCUCCCAUCAGCGGGAGGCGCCCAGGGCUAUCAGCAUCGCGCAGAGUCAGCAAUUGGACGUGAAAAGGCUGUACCAAAAAUGUAA